AUGACAGCCCCACCUUCAGAGCUAGAUUUGUAUUCAGACACAACACCUGGGUGGAUCUAUAGGCUUUCAAUCUGGAGUCAGUAUUCAUACUGUGAUUUUUCACUCAUAUUUUCUUUGCACUUCUCCCCAACUCUCUGUUCUUUGUCUGGUAUACUACAAAAAGAAUCCUUGCAACAAAGAGUGACUUACACCCAGAGCCAAAAGAAUAUCCUCCAAGAAUGGUAUGAACACAACCCAUAUCCUGAUGCAGAUACCCUGGAACAACUGGCCAAAAUUCUUCAUGUUCCAGGAUCCAGACCACACCGAAGGCCCUUCACAAGAGAUCAAGUGGGCUUCCUAAGGAAGGCCUUUCAGAAGAACAGGCUCCCUGACCGUGAUGCCAGGGAAAUAAUGGCUAUGAAAAUAGGUACCGAGGAAUCAAGAAUUCAAACAUGGUUUGAGAAGCAAAGAAUUCUAAAUCCUGAGCAUAGAGAAGAACUCGUGAAUUUAUCAUACGGGACAAAUGGAGGACCCCAUUUCGCUGCUCAGCCACAGUACCUCCAUUUGCUCCCUCUCCCAGCCUGUUGUUUUCCUUCCUCUAAUCCCUGCUGCAAAGACCAGAUUUAUGUACCUGCCCCACUGGAAUCCCAGGGAUUUGUUGGAGUCUUUGGGAGCCCGGGACCAGGCACUAUGACCCUACAGGCCACAGAAGCUGUACAGGAAGGACAGAACCUUGAUGCCCCUCUGACUUACAUGAGUCACUCGCCAGAGUGGCCAAUUAUAGGACAGGGUUUCUCAGAUACCCAGGCUCCUUUUUGUUCUCAGCCUAAUGCAGACCAUGAGAAACAACCUGAGGACCCAGAAUACACGGACAUAUCUUAUAUUAUGCAAUGGUGGGACAAGGGCCGCCUGGAUCUCAUUGCAAAAUGGGAACCUCAGAAAGAGGUAUAG